GCCUUUACAAUGUGGGCAUCUGCCUCCGGACCCUGCCCUCCUCACCUGCUGCUGGCUUUGCUCUUGGGACUCACAGGUGCAGCCGGUGAGGCAGAGCUGCAGGUGAUCCAGCCUGAGAAGUUAGUGUCUAUCAUAGCCGGACAUACAGCCACUUUGCACUGCACCAUGACUUCCCUGCUCCCCUUGGGGAAGGUUGAGUGGUUCAGGGGGACAGGGCCAGGCCGGAAGUUAAUCUUCAGUUUCAAAGGAGGCCACUUCCCCCGAGUGACAAAUAUUUCAGACGCCACAAGGAGAAACAACACGGACUUUUCCAUUCGCAUCAGUAACAUCACCCCAGCAGACACCGGAACCUACUACUGUGUGAAGUUCCAGAAAGGGUACCCUGAUGUAGAGAUUAAGUCUGGACCAGGCACUCAGGUCACCGUGAGCACCAAACCCUCUCCCCCCGUGGUGUCGGGCCCGAUGGUCAGGGCCUUGCCGGGGCAGACAGUGAACUUCACCUGCAAGUCCCACGGCUUCUCCCCCAGAAACAUCACCUUGAGAUGGUUCAGAAACGGGAAUGAGCUGGCAGCCUCCCGGACCAGCGUGGACCAAGAUGGAGACAGAACGUUCUACAGUAUCUCCAGCACAACCAGGCUGGUGCUGGGCCCGAGGGACGUUCGCUCCCAGGUCAUCUGCGAGGUGACCCACGUGACCCUGCAGGGGGUCCCUCCUCUUCGUGGGACUGCCAACCUGUCUGAGGUCCUCCGAGUUCCACCCACCUUGAUGGUUUCCCAGCAAUGCAUUGCAGAGGACCAGGUGAAGGUCACCUGCCAAGCAAAGAAGUUCUACCCUCAGCGCCUACAACUGACCUGGCUGGAGAAUGGAAACAUGGCCCGAACAGAAACAUCCUCAAGCAUCAUAGAGAACAAGGAUGGGACCUUUAACUGGAUGAGCUGGCUCCUGGUCAAUUUCUCUGCCCACACAGAGGAGAUGGUGCUCACAUGCAAGGUGAAGCAUGAUGGCCAGCAGGUAGUCAGCAAAAGCCAUAUACUGGAGACCUCUGCCCACCGAAAAGACCAGUGCACAGAUGGAAACUCUGACCCAGAGCUGUCUACUCUACUGCUGGUGGCUCUCACCCUGGGCCCAAAGCUGCUGCUGCUCAUCACUGUCUCUGCCAUCUAUGCCCACAGGAAGUGA